UUUCAUCCAAAGCCAGCCACCAUUCCAUUUUAUUUAUGCAGAUUUUAAAAAGAAACAAAAACCAUCUUUUCACAGAGCUCCGGCAAAAAAGUAAUAAUAAUGACAAUGGAAAUGAGAAAUAAUAAACACGCCGGAAACACUAAAAUCACCUCUGACGGCUAAUCUCCGGCAACUUUGAAAACACCCCACCCCAUCUUUGUUUCUAUACUAAAUACUCAUUAUACAUAUAGAAAAAAAGCAGAGAGGGGGUAAAAGUGUAAAAUGGGUAUGUCGUGGGACGACGUUGUUUUGAUAGAAGAAGGUAAGAAUUCGGGUGACCCGAAUGUGGUGACGGUGAACUGCCCCGAUAAAGCCGGACUCGGGUGUGAUUUGUUAAGGAUUGUUCUUGCAUUCGGACUUUAUGUUACUCGUGGAGAUUUUUCGACGGAUGGAAAAUGGUGUUAUGUUGUUUUGUGGGUCGUGGCACGACCAAGUUCGCUAAAAGUUGACUGGGAAAGCUUAAAGGAACGGCUCGUAGCUUGUUGUCCGUCGUGUAUGCCUACGUUUUAUCUUGACCAUAUCUCUAGCUGUUCUAAAUCGUCUCCGCUGUACCUGUUGAAGGUUUUCUCCAUGGACCGAAAAGGGUUAAUACAUGAUGUGACGAAAGUUUUAUGUAAGCUUGAGCUAACGAUUCAACGAUUAAAAGUCAUGACAACACCCGAUGGAAAGGUUUUGGACCUUUUCUUCAUUACUGAUGAUGUGAACAUAUUGCAUACCAAAAUUGGACAAGAAGAAACAUGUAAGUAUCUUAGUGCCGAGUUAGGAGAGUGUUGUAUCAGCUGUGAAGUUCAGCUAGCAGGUCCUGAGUAUGAAUAUCAUCAAGGGUUAUCUUCUCUUCCUGAAGCAAUUGCAGAAAAACUAUUCAACCGUGAGAUUUCAGCCAUGGAAGUUGGUCCACUAGCUAUGAGCUCUGAUAAAUCCAAAGUAAAGGAGGCUAGUGUAGUAAUUGAUAAUCUGCUGAGCCCAGCCCAUUCGUUGCUUCAAAUACAAUGUCGUGACCAGAAAGGCCUCAUUUACGACAUCUUUAGAAUUUCUAAAGAUUGUGAUAUCCAGAUUGCACAUGGAAGAGUCUCUAGCAAUGUUAAUGGGAUUCGGAGUUUGGACCUAUUUGUCCAAAAUCAAUAUGGGAAAAAGAUUCUGAAUAAUGAGAGCCAAAUUGCUUUAUGUUCCCGUCUAAAGGAGGAGAUGCUACAUCCUUUAAGGGUCAUGAUCACCAACCGUGGCCCUGAUACAGAACUUUUAGUUGCUAAUCCUGUGGAGCUAUCCGGAAAGGGAAGGCCACGUGUUGUAUAUGAUGUCACUUCUGCAUUGAAGUCACUUGGUAUAUGCAUCUUUUCUGCCGAGAUUGUGAGACAUUCAACGUUAGACCGCGAGUGGGAAGUGUACAGGUUCUUGUUGGUUGAAAACCGAGUUUUUCUACUAACCAGCAAACAAGCAAAAGAAGAUGUCGUCAAUAAAGUUAGGAAAACGCUAAUGGGCUGGUAAAGCUACAUACUUUCAUUAGUUUGUGUGUGGUAUAGAAGUUCUUGUUUUAGUCUGCAAUGAUAGAGCAAAGAUUUGGUUAAUGUUUUCUGUUUUUCUAUAUUGAUUUGAUAAUUGUAUAUACUUUUAGUACUAGUAUUUGUGCUUGUGCUUAUCUUUGUACGUGGGAAGGGCACGUAUGUGUGUGUUUUCUUAUCUGAGAGUGAUUCUUAUUCAA